UUGAUGAAUACAAAAACGAGAAAUGUGAAUUUUGCAAUUGUCAUGAAAUAAGGAACAUGUAUGAAUCUGGAAUAGAUUGUGACAAAACAUUAAUAUUCAACUGCUUUAUGUGUUUAACAUCAGAGCACAGAAAUCGCUGCUCACCUUUUAAUCUAAUAAAUAACUCACUUCUAGGGAAUCAGCUCAAAAAUAAACAUUUACACGGUUUAAACACUCCUUUUUCUUUCCCUUUUGAAACAGACAACCAGUUAGGAAUAUUUACUAGUAGCUCAACACCAAUGACUGCAAAAACAAUCAUCUUUAAUCUAACUUCGGUAGCUGAUGCUCACGUUAUUUUUUAUCAACGCACCUUCUACAUCUUCACACUCUCCCUCGUUAUAGUCGUAGCAGUUAUAACAUCCUGUUUUGUGGUAAUCACUGUGAGCUUAUUUAUAGUUAGGAACUGUCGCCACAAACGAUUUGUGGCUUAUCGAUGUUUGCUAAAUCAAGAAUCUGGCAAUAUCGACCGUGACUGCGUUUAUUUUGACGGAAAAGAUUUUUCUAAAACGAUUCAGGCAGAAGUCACUGUCGAAGAUUCUGAUCAUCGCAAGUUAAAUAAUAAUUUUAAGGCGAAUAUGGCCGAUCUCAAUACAAACCAUGAACAAAAUAGAAUAGCUGUGCUAAGCACUCUCGGGCACAUUUUGAGAAAAUCCAAAUGGGUAGACAGACUUUCGCGGACUCAUCGCACUUCAUCCCGAUCUCCAUUAGAACCUUAUGAAGAACUUGCAGAUGUGACAAAAGAUCUAGGGGGAGAAGGAGAGGAGAAUCCUUACCGGUUUAAUCAUUCCCUCGAUGGUAUAGGUUACCCCCGAGGGCGACCUAUACUAGGUUUUUUGAAGAAGAAGUAAAUGUUUUAAAAACAAUUGAGGUAUUUAUAGUUAAAAUGAUCGAAAAUAUUAUUAACUCUUAAGAAAAAUGAUUUAUAGAUUUGAAGUUACUCAAUAAAAUAAAUUGUAAAUUGAUAAAAUUCCUGAAAUAUUUUAAAUGAUCGUUACUAAUUAUAAGAUUAUUAUCAAAUUUGUUAUAUUUUUUACUUUAAAAAUUAUAAUAACGUAAUUGUUUAUCUAUCGUGAGUAGUUAAACUAAUUACUUAUCAUUAAUAUAAU